UCUCACUUUCUCAUACCCAGUUACCCCAAACCCUACACACAAUUCCGACUGAGAUUUUGGCUUCUCCGGUAACGCAUGGCUUCUUCGAAGCUCAUCUCCUCCUCCUCCUCGUCCAGGUCCCGCAACUCCGAUCUCUCCCGUCGCCCCAAACCCAAACCCUUCCAUCCUUCUUCUUCUUCCUCCGCCGCCAAUCAAUCCCUAAACGACACUUGUACCGGUUACAUUAACACGGCCAGUCCCGCGCCGAUGACCGUCGACGGCCUCUUCCGCGACGUCUACAACAGCACUCUUCCCCCGGCCGACGCCCAGAUGGACACCGCCGGCAUGCAAAUCCAGUCCUCCUCCGCGCCGAGGCCGAAGACGGUGGACGAGGUCUGGGAGGAAAUCGUGUCCGGCGGGAGCCGGAGGGAGUGUAAAGAAGAGGUUGCUGACGAAAUGAUGACUCUCGAGGACUUCCUGGCCCGGGCCGGCGCGGUGGAGGAGGACGAUGUUAAUGAUUUUCCGCCGGAGGCUCAGGGACUGAGCGGAGGGAUGUUUGGGUUCGAUCAGAUGGGGCUGAGCCCGUAUCCGUCGAUCGACAAGGUUGAGGGGUCCAUGGCUGGCUUUGGCAAUGCUGCUGCUGAUGUUGAGGUGGCGGCGAGUGGAGGAGGAGGAGGAGGAAGGGUGAGAGGGAAGAGAUGCAGGGCUGUUUUGGAGCCGCUGGAUAAGGCUGCACAGCAGAGGCAGAGGAGGAUGAUCAAGAACCGAGAGUCGGCGGCGAGGUCCAGAGAGAGGAAGCAGGCUUACCAAGUUGAAUUGGAGUUGUUGGUGGUUCGAUUAGAGGAGGAGAAUGAGCAGCUUUUGAAAGAGGAGCGAACUCUGGCAGUAAAUUUCUUCCCAUGUUAUCAAGAGUGGUGUGGAGCAAAAUCAAGUCAGCUCACUCGUUGUCUUAUAUUCUUUUAUAACUAUCAGACUAUCACACAUCUCGACAUAACCAUCUGAUUUUUUUUGUUUUGUUUACCUAUGGUCAAUUUAGCACACUCCCCUCAAUUGCUAUUUCUGUGACUGCCAUCGUUAAAGUGAAUGAUGCAGCACAUCACUAAGAUCAGCUGGGCAUACUUUUCAGGGUUUGUAAUUUUAACGGGUCCCUUAUGUGGUCGGAGGGUUGGUUCUUUGAAAGGGGAAGAACUUAGGAACUUGGUUAGAUGUCGAAGCUAAGGAAAGUAAGGGUUUGAAUUGAAAUAGGUUCUCGCCCAAAAAAAGAAAAAAUUGAAGGGGAGAUGAAGUUCAUAUAUCCAUGGAUAUAAAAGUAAACGGGGAGUUUUCAUGGAGUAGUAGCUUGGUUAAUUCGAUUGGUAUCAUUUUUUUCUUUGUCUGUUUCAAAUCAGAGAGGACAGAACCAGAUUCACAUGCUUUCAAAGAGAAUCAAAGAAGCUGAGAUGGAGAGAGUUGAUUAAGAAUGGAAAAAGGAAUUCUAAUUUACUCAUGCUUGCAUGUUCUAUUGUAAAGAAUGGAAUGUUCAGUAUGUUGCAGUGGUACCCAAUAAAUUCAAAGGCAGAAGGUGGGAGAUUUGCAACUAAAGUUCAUAUUGCUAUUUCUUGAGAGUUAGACAAGAAUCAGUUGCAACUGGUAACUGGUAAGAUGUUAUUCCUUUGAAAAUGAAGUCCUUUGCAGUUUUGGAAUGACCAGGCAUUGACCUCACGUAAACUACCCUUUAAAUGAUGAAAAUGCCUUCAUCAACUUUGGCUGAAAUUAUGUGAGAUUAUGAAUGAGUGUUACUUGUCAUCAUGGUUUGGUCCCAAAGGGAAAGAGUUAUUCAAAUUGUUGAGUGCACCAUGUGUGAUACAUUGGUACUGUUUUUGUACCAGGUCCAUCUUCAUUAGUUGAUCUCUUGAAUUUCACCUUUGACCAGAAAGUAAAGGACUGCAUGCGAGUUAUAAGGGAACCCAUUUCACAUAUUUCUGUCAUUCGGAUUUGAAGUUCCAGCUAGUCCAGGUUCCUCUCCUCAGUCACCAAUUAUCAUUGGAGAUAGAAGUAGCUCAGGAGAUAAAUGAGAGCAAACUUGAGACAUCCAGCAAUGAGACAUUGAUUUGUCCUGCAUCACAUGUUGAAAAUAGAAAAGGAGAGAAGAAGAAAAUUAAAAAAGAAAAAGAA